GAAGACGGUCACAUUAGUGGACAGGAUGAAGCUCCUUCUCCUCUUUGUGUGUAUUGGGCUUAGCUCGGCUCAGUUUAAUCCCAACACAAGAGCUGGACGGACAACUAUUGUUCACUUGUUUGAAUGGAGGUGGGAUGACAUUGCUGCAGAGUGUGAACGAUUCUUGGGGCCGAAUGGAUUUGGAGGAGUCCAGGUUUCUCCAGUAAAUGAUCACAUCGUUCUCAAUGAUCCUUGGAGACCAUGGUGGCAAAGAUACCAGCCAAUCAGCUACAAGCUCUGCAGUCGCUCUGGUAAUGAACAGCAGUUCAGAGACAUGGUGACACGUUGCAACAAUGUUGGGGUUUAUAUUUACGUGGAUGCUAUCAUUAACCACAUGUGUGGCCAAGGUGGAGGCUCAGGUACGCAUUCUUCCUGUGGAGGCUAUUUUAACGCAGGUGCAAGAGAUUUCCCAUCCGUCCCAUAUUCCAACUGGGAUUUCAAUGAUGGAAAAUGCCGAACUGGUAGUGGGGAGAUUGAAAACUACAAUGAUGCUUAUCAGGUCAGAGACUGCCGCCUUGUUGGUCUUUUGGAUCUGGCUCUGGAAAAGGAUUACGUGCGUGGAAAGAUUGCGGAUUUCCUGAACAAUCUCAUCAAUAUUGGUGUGGCUGGAUUCAGACUUGAUGCUGCCAAGCACAUGUGGCCCGGUGACAUUAAAGCUAUCACUGACAGACUUAACAAUUUGAAUACAAGAUGGUUCCCUGGGGGAACCCGACCUUUUAUUUUCCAGGAGGUGAUUGAUCUUGGAGGUGAAGGUAUUUCAUUCAAUGAGUAUACCGGACUUGGUAGAGUGACUGAAUUUAAAUAUGGUGCUAAACUCGGAAAUAUCAUUCGCAAGUGGAAUGGAGAAAAGUUGUCUUACGUAAGGAACUGGGGAGAAGGCUGGGGAUUCAUGGCUAGUAACAGAGCAGUGGUUUUUGUAGACAAUCACGAUAACCAGAGAGGCCAUGGUGCCGGUGGAGCCUCCAUUCUUACCUUCUGGGAUGCCCGUCUUUACAAAAUGGGAGUUGGCUUCAUGCUUGCCCAUCCUUAUGGGUUCGCACGUAUCAUGUCCAGUUUCAGAUGGAACAGGAAUUUCGUUAAUGGAAAGGAUGUCAAUGACUGGAUUGGACCUCCAUCUAAUGGUGAUGGAUCAACAAAGUCAGUCCCUAUUAAUGCUGAUUCAACCUGUGGCGACAAUUGGGUCUGUGAGCACAGAUGGCGCCAGAUUAAGAACAUGGCUAUCUUCCGUAACGUAGUAGAUGGUCAAGCCUUUACCAACUGGUGGGACAAUGGAAGCAACCAGAUUGCAUUUGGCCGUGGAAACAGAGGGUUCAUAGUUUUUAACAAUGAUGACUGGUACAUGGAUGUCACCCUGAACACUGGUCUUCCAGCUGGUACCUACUGUGAUGUGAUUUCUGGCCAGAAGGAAGGAUCCAGGUGCACCGGUAGACAAAUAACUGUGGCCAGCAAUGGUAACGCUCGCUUCCAAAUCAGCAACCAAGACGAAGAUUCAUUUGCAGCUAUUCAUGUUGAUGCCAGAUUAUAAGACCUAAAGAAAUAAGCUUCUACUUGGAAUGCAGAUAUAGAACUUCCGCGACCUGGAGAAGAAAAUAUUGAUGUAUUAAUUCAUAUGCUGGAUAUCUUCUCUAGUCCUAAGUUAUACAUUAACUUCAUUUUAAGCAGGACAUUCUAUCUUUUGCAGUUAUCCUGUUCAUACUGUAUAAAAUCACAAUAAAUAAAUGCUCAAUAAACUGCUUAUUUAA